AUGCCUCUGGGAAGAUCUGGUUUUUUUAUUAAUACAGAUAUAGAUGUGGAUAUUGUGUGGGAUGAUUCUCAACAAAUUUCCUGUAAGCUUACUUUCCAACAGAUGAACAAGAUUAUGUUUGUCACCAUGGUCUAUGCAAAGUGUGAUGCAAUGGAAAGAUUAGCUUUGUGGAAUAGUCUUUAUGUUCUAGUUGAUAAGAUGGUAGCUCCUUGGCUGAUAGGGGGUGAUUUUAAUGUGAUCUUGAAUGAGGAAGAGAAGAUUGGUGGACUGCCAGUAUUGCCAUCUGAAUAUGAAGACUUUGCAUUUUGUAUUAACUCAUGUGAACUAAGUGAAGCAGGUUUUAAAGGAAGCCCUUUCACUUGGCGGAAUGGGAGAUCUGAUGGGCAGUGUAUCUUCAAAAGGCUUGAUAGAAAUCUAUAUAAUAAUUUGAUGCAGCAAUGGCCUUUCAAAUUUCUGAAGUUUUGGGUAGAUCAUGAAUCUUUCCAAUCAGUUGUAACUCAGAACUCGCACGCAGAAGAGGAAAGGGAGGUAUUCUUAUCUUUUAAAAAGAAAGUGAAGAAAAUUAAAGCUGUUUUAUCAGCAUGGAGCAGGCAGGUGUUUGGGGACAUAUUCACGCAGUUAACUAUUAGAGAGGACAUUGUGAGCAUUAAAGAACAGUUGUUUGAAUAG